UGUUUGUGUUUCCUCUUUUUCCUUUUCCGUUCUUACGUUCAGUCACGUUCAACACAAUUAUGAUUUGGAUUUCUAUCAAGAUGUAAUUUAAUUUUAAUGCGGUGAAGUUACUUAGUCAUAAUCACGUGGAUAAUGCUUAUUUUUCGUAGUUAUAAGUUUUAAAGGACAGCUUUGUCAAAGACUUCAACAUGGAUGAAGUAAGAAAACUCGAGCAUCUAUCACUGGUUUCGAAGAUAUGUUCAGAGUUGGAAAAUCAUUUUGGACUAAACGACAAGGACCUCGCUGAAUUUAUCAUUGAUUUAGCGGACAAAAAUUCAGAUUUAAAGUCAUUCAAGGCAGCACUUGAAGAAAAUGGAGCUGAAUUUCAAGACUCUUUUGUGGAAAAUUUGCUGCGGAUUAUCCACACCAUGCGGCCGAAAUCAGAGGAGAAAUCGAAAUCCAUCCGAAAUGAUGAUGCCCUCUCAAAAAAAUUCCCCGGUUUGGCAAUCAAAAAUGAUGUGAAGAGAAAAGAUGUGAGUGAAAUUGAUGAUGCAAUGGCUGCUCUUGAAGCUUUGGCACCAUCCUUUGGAACCCAAACUGUGAAGGAUGAAAAACCAGACAAGAAAAGAAGUGGUAGAAGCCGAAGUAGGGAUCGUAAAGAUAAAAGUAAAGAUAAGAAUCGACGAAGUAGGAGCAGAGACAGAAGUAGAAGGAGCACAAGUCGAGAUCGUAGGGAUAAAAGAAAAAGGAGUAGAAGCAGAAGUAGAGAUCGUCAUAGAGAUAGGCGGCGGAGUAGAAGCCGUGAUCGCACCAAUAGACGAAGUAGGAGUCGUGACCGUAAAAACCGAAGAAGUAGAAGUAAAGAGCGCAGCAGAGAUCAUCGAGACAGAAGAAGAAGCAGAAGUAGAAGCAGAAGUAAGGAUCGCAAGAGAGAUGUCAGGGAAAAAAAGAGGAGUAGAAGCAAGAGCAAAGACCGUAAACAUAGAGAACAUUUCAGGAACGAAAGUCCAACUAGAGAAGUUAAACCUGUUACUCGUCUAGUUGAAAAAGAGGAGACAGCACUGCGGAAUCCGGAUAGGCCAACAACACUAUUAGACUUGCAGAAUAGCUAUGAAGCUGAGGAAGAUAACAGUCGUCAGCGUGUUGCUCGGAUCUCAUCCCCAGAAAAGUGGGAGUACAAACAGAUGCUAGCAGCUGCAUGUAUUGAUAAGAGUGAACUACCAGAUUUUGAUGAAGACACUGGUUUACUUCCAAAAGAAGCAUCAGAAGAUGAGGACAUCGAGAUCGAGAUGGUGGAAGAGGAGCCUCCAUUCCUGCAAGGCCAUGGUCGCAACCUGCAUGACUUGAGUCCUGUAAGGAUUGUCAAAAACCCGGACGGGUCCCUUGCACAGGCUGCCAUGAUGCAGUCAGCAUUAUCAAAAGAGCGUCGUGAGCAGAAGAUGCUUCAGCGUGAGCAAGAAACUAGUGCCCAACCAACCGGACAAAAUAAAAAUUGGAUCGAUCCUCUUCCUGAAACAGACAAAAAUCCCAACACAAGCAGCAUGCGUGGAAUUGGGCUCAGUACACAAGACUUGCCAGAGUGGAAAAAACAUAUCAUAGGUGGCAAAAAAAGCUCUUUUGGCAUGAAAACCAACUUAUCUCUCCUUGAACAGAGGCAAAGUCUACCCAUCUACAAACUCAAAGAUGAGUUGAUUAAGGCUGUUAAUGACAAUCAGAUUCUAAUUGUUAUUGGUGAAACAGGGUCUGGGAAGACAACCCAAAUCACGCAGUACCUUGCUGAGGCUGGUUUUACUGCACGAGGGAAAAUUGGAUGUACUCAACCGAGAAGAGUUGCUGCUAUGUCAGUUGCCAAACGAGUUGCUGAAGAGUUCGGUUGUCGGCUUGGGCAGGAAGUUGGUUACACGAUUCGGUUUGAAGACUGCACAAGCCCUGAAACUGUCAUUAAGUAUAUGACUGAUGGUAUGUUACUUCGAGAAUGUCUAGUUGAUUUAGACUUGAAAAGUUAUUCAAUAAUCAUGUUAGAUGAAGCCCAUGAGAGGACAAUACACACUGAUGUUCUUUUUGGACUCCUCAAACAAGCUGUGAAAAAACGCUCGGAGUUGAAGCUCAUUGUUACAUCCGCAACACUCGAUGCAGUUAAGUUUUCAUCGUACUUUUUUGAAGCCCCUAUUUUCACUAUUCCUGGGCGCACAUUCCCAGUAGAAGUCCUGUACACCAAGGAACCAGAAACAGACUAUCUAGAUGCGUCAUUAAUAACAGUCAUGCAAAUACACUUACGAGAGCCACCGGGUGAUAUUCUCCUGUUUUUGACAGGACAAGAGGAAAUUGACUCAGCUUGUGAAAUACUUUAUGAGCGAAUGAAGUCAUUGGGUCCUGAUGUACCUGAGCUAAUUAUCUUACCUGUCUAUUCUGCUCUUCCAAGUGAAAUGCAGACAAGAAUCUUUGAAGCAGCUCCACCAGGAUCAAGGAAAGUUGUCAUCGCAACCAAUAUUGCUGAAACCUCAUUAACAAUUGAUGGAAUAUUUUAUGUAGUAGAUCCUGGCUUUGUCAAACAAAAGGUAUACAAUUCAAAAACUGGAAUGGACUCGUUAGUCGUAACUCCUAUUUCUCAAGCCCAAGCAAAGCAGCGUGCUGGCCGUGCAGGACGAACUGGCCCUGGAAAGUGCUAUCGUCUGUACACAGAGCGAGCAUACCGUGAUGAGAUGCUCCCUACUCCUGUGCCAGAAAUCCAGCGCACAAAUCUUGCAACUACAGUCCUCCAGCUGAAAACAAUGGGAAUCAAUGAUCUGCUACACUUUGACUUCAUGGAUGCGCCACCAGUUGAAAGUUUGAUCAUGGCAUUGGAACAGCUGCAUUCAUUGAGUGCAUUAGAUGAUGAGGGAUUGUUAACACGGCUUGGACGGCGUAUGGCUGAGUUUCCAUUGGAGCCCAAUUUGUCCAAGAUGCUAAUCAUGUCAGUUCAUCUGCAGUGCUCAGAUGAAAUCCUCACGGUUGUCUCCAUGUUAUCUAUUCAGAACGUAUUUUACAGGCCUAAAGACAAGCAAGCUUUGGCUGACCAGAAAAAAGCUAAGUUCAAUCAACAAGAGGGUGAUCAUUUAACUCUUUUAUCAGUCUACAAUUCAUGGCGGAAUAACAAAUUUAGCAAUGCAUGGUGUUAUGAAAACUUUGUGCAAAUUCGGACUCUGAAGAGGGCACAAGAUGUCCGCAAACAGUUGCUUGGAAUCAUGGACCGACACAAGUUGGAUGUUGUCUCAGCUGGGAAGAAUACUGUCAGAGUCCAGAAAGCCGUGUGUUCUGGCUUUUACCGCAAUGCAGCAAAAAAAGAUCCGCAAGAAGGAUACCGGACACUAGUUGACAGCCAAGUAGUCUACAUCCACCCUAGCAGUGCUCUAUUUAAUCGGCAACCAGAAUGGGUAAUCUACCAUGAGCUGGUUCAAACAACAAAGGAAUACAUGCGUGAAGUUACGACUAUUGAUCCAAAGUGGCUGGUGGAAUUUGCGCCAGCAUUCUUCAGGUUUUCUGACCCAACUAAACUUAGCAAGUUCAAAAAGAAUCAACGUUUGGAGCCUUUAUACAACAAGUAUGAGGAACCUAAUGCAUGGAGGAUAUCCAGAGUUCGCAGGCGUCGUAAUUAAUCACCAGAGAGGCUCAAAAAUGACUCUAACCUGCUUUUAUUCAGUUGCUUUUAUCUUGGCGUAGCACCUUUCAGCAUGAGAGUAAUAAUAUACUGAAGACCUAGAAGAUAAACUGUUUUAAAAAAAAUCAUUGCUAAUUUACUUUUUUACAACGACAAGCAGUCUUGACGGUGGUCUGGAUUACAGUCUCUAUUUGUGAUUAUAUUGAGCUACGCAUUGCUCAAACUUACUUCUUUUUUUGUCCAAGGUGAAACACUAAUUUCUGAUGAAGCAUCAAAUUUUUUCCUGUGGAAAGUAAAGUACAUACUUUUUUGUUUGCCCGUUACAAUUUUUCCUUGUAAAAAGUGCUAAAUAGUGUAAAACGAUGUAAAUCUGUUAAUAAAUCUUUAAAAUUGAAUC